CCACUAACCGUGUAUAAUAAAAGAGCGAAAGUUUUGGAAGUUACUCAUUUGUCGGAUAGCGGUACCUCACGAAACACCCAGGUGUGAUUCAAGCCUACGGAAGUCGAAAUAGAAAUUAUCGAAAAAAGAAGCAGUGGUGAUAAAAGGGAAGAAUAAUUUUACAAUGAAUGAUAUACACGCGACUAGUCAACUGGACGAGAAGGAAGAUCUGAAGAACAAUGACGACAGCCAGAUACGAAAAUUUUACGCUGGAAAAUGCAUAUUUCUUACGGGGUGCAUCGGUUUUCUGGGCAGCGUUAUUUUAGAGAAAAUACUGCGCACCUGUGUCGACAUCGGCAAGGUCUACGUUAUGAUCAGGCCGAAAAAGGGUAUGUCGAUGGAAGACCGAGUAAAGGAACGUUUCAGAAAUGUUCUGUUCGACAAAGUGCACCAAUUGAAUCCAAACUUCGUGGAAAAAAUCGUACCGAUUUAUGGUGAUCUACAGAAAACCGACUUGGCUCUCUCACCUGAAGAUCGUCGAUGUUUGAUCGAGAAUGUUGAUAUAAUAAUUCAUAACGCGUCCCUGGUGUACUUCGAAGCAAAAGCGUCCCAUCUUUUGCGGGCGAAUGUGAUUGGAACGCAGAAGAUGCUCGAAUUAGCGACGGAAUGCCGUCAUUUAAAGGCGUUCGUGUACGUUUCAACCGCGUACUCUCAUCUUUACAACAAAGUGAUCGAAGAGAAAUUUUACCCACCUCCGGCUGAUGUAAAGCUAAUCGAACAGAUAAUACGAGCCGAUGAAGAGAAGGAAUUUGGAAUUAGCCAGAACAGGAUACACGAUAUCGUAGGACAAUGGACUAAUCUGUACACGUUCAGUAAAGCAACCACCGAAGGUUUGAUCGAGGAUUUCAGCAGAACAGCAUCUUUCCCUUGCAUAGUCUUCAGACCUUCUAUCGUUACACCGCCAUAUGAGGAACCGAUUCCAUCGUGGAUAGGAAACCAAAAUGGACCUAUAGCACUGACAAUAGGAAUCAGCCUAGGUAUCGUGCAUGUAGUAAACACGCAGGAAGAUAUGCUGCUUGACUUAAUACCUGCUGACAUGAUGACUAACGGUCUCCUGGCAUCAAUCUGGGAUUCUGUUCUCCACAGGAAAUCGAAAGAACCACAAGUGUAUAAUUAUGCAUCGUCCGACUGGAAUCCUAUCUCCUUCGGAUUAGCAAGAGCAGCAACUUUAAAAGGAACGUAUAAAUACCCAUCCCUUAAAAUGGUUUGGGCCAUCAGUGCAGUAUGGAGGGUAAUGAAAUUCUUCAGGAUUUUAUCGCACUUCAUAACUUCCAGUUGGAUCAUAAAAAGUGAUAAUCUAAAAGAUGUACAAACUCGUAUGAACGCUGCCGAUUUGAAAGAAUUUCCGUUUGAUUUAAACGUAGUGGACUGGUAUAGAUUAAUAGAGUCAGCUCUACUAGGUUUCCGACAAAUCUUAAAGGAUACACCAGAGUCAUUACCAGCUGCUAAGAGAAAGUAUCAGAGACUAAUGACAUUCCACUACAUUUUAUUAGUCACGUAA